AUGUCGAACCAAAGCUCUGUGUCCGAGGUCAUCCUCCUGAGAUUCUCUGAUGUUUGGGAGCUGGAGAUAUUGUACUUUGUUAUGUUCCUAUUGAUUUACCUCACGGCCCUGAUGGGGAACCUUCUCAUCCUCAUGGCUUUAAUUCUUGACCACCAUCUCCACAACCCCAUGCACUGCUUCCUGAUGAACCUGUCCAUCCUGGAUAUUGAAACCAUUUCUGUCAUCAUCCCCAAACCCAUGGCCAACUCCAUGCUGAACAUCAGAACUAUCUCCUAUGUUAUCUCCUACGCUCAAGUUUUUUUCUUUCUCUUCUUGUCAGGAGCAGAUUUUUCCCUUCUCACUGUCAUAGCAUAUGACCGCUACAUUGCCAUCUGCAAGCCCUUGCACUAUGAGAUGGUCAUGAACAGAAGAACAUGUGUCCGAAUGGCAUCCAGUGCCUGGGUAGCAGGGAUGCUCAACUCUAUCAUGCACACUUGGAACAUAUUUGCAUACACCUGCUUUGGAGGCAAUGUGGUGGAUUUCUUCUUCUGUGUAAUCCCCCAACUCCUCAAGCUCUUCUGCUCAGAAACACACCUCAAGGAAAUCUUUUUGAUGCUUUUCAGUUCCUGCCUAGCUUUGUUCAAUUUUGCCCUCAUUAUUGCAUCCUAUAUUCACAUCUUCAGUGCAGUUCUGAGAAUCCCCUCAGAGCAGGGAUGA